GGGAGUUUUUUGAAAUGCCUCAAUUGAGUACCACUGUUCGGUCGGAUUAGAAAUUUGACGGUUUGUCGUAAACAUCCUUGAAUGAAUUGAAGACUUGAGGAUCUCUAUAUCACGUCAACUACGUGCCGUUGCUUGAAAUGUCACGUUUAGGUUAUGUUUAUAAUCCGAUAUGCGAAAUAUAAUACAAUAACACCGGAAUUGUUCGUCUUUUACACUCUACGCAUGGUCAAACGUGAUUGAUUAUCGUCGGUCAUGUGAAAACUAGACGUGACCUCGUUUAUACUUUUGUGUUGCUGAACAACCGUCGUAAUAUCAUUCCGCGAUCGCGUACGUGCCGACCGUUUCCAAUUUAAUUUCCCGUCGUCAAUCAAUUAACAAUAAUUUAUCCAUAAUGCUGGAGGGAGUGAAACACGUGCUGUUAGUACUUUCAGGAAAAGGCGGCGUUGGCAAAUCGACGAUCAGCACUCAGCUGGCUCUUGCAUUGAAAGAAUCAGGCUUUCGAGUUGGGAUUUUGGAUGUUGAUCUCUGUGGUCCUAGUGUGCCUUACUUACUGAACUUAGAAGGAGAAGAUGUUCAUCAAUCUUCUGAAGGAUGGAUACCAGUAUUUGCUGAUUCAGAGCAGAAACUAUCUGUCAUGUCGAUUGGUUUCCUCCUGAAAAGUCAGAAUGAUAGUGUGAUCUGGCGCGGGCCUAAAAAGAAUGGUAUGAUCAAACAGUUUCUAUCAGAUGUGGUUUGGCGGGAUAUUGAUUAUUUGAUCAUUGAUACACCACCUGGCACCUCUGACGAACAUAUUACAGUCUUGGAGAAUUUAAGAAAUGUAAAAUGCGAUGGUGCGAUUAUAGUGACCACUCCGCAAGCAGUUGCAGUAGAUGAUGUUCUGCGAGAGGUGACAUUUUGCAGAAAAACUGGUAUUCACAUAAUCGGUAUCAUUGAAAAUAUGAGUGGCUUUGUCUGUCCUUCAUGUACAGAAUGUACCAAUAUAUUUUCCUCAGGGGGUGGAAUAGCCCUUUCCGAGAUGGUAAAGGUUCCAUUUCUAGCUAAAGUACCAAUAGAUCCACAAGUUGGCAAGUUAGCGGAUAAGGGACAAAGUGUUCUGGUGACAUUACCCGACAGUCAAGUUGCACAGGUGUUUAGAAAAUUAGUCGAAGAACUAACCAAGAGUAAGGAAGCUUGAAAACAGUAUUUGUACUGUGCAUGAUUUUCAGCAUAACAUAUGGUACUUGCUCGUGAUGCUUUACCAUUAUCUCUAUCCUUGUUUACAGAAAAUUGUACAUACAAUCUGAGGCGUUUUUUCGUUAUCCAACCAAAAGCUACCGCGAUUAAGGCUAUCUUUGUUUUCAGGGAUCAGAAGAUAAAGAUAGCCUUAGUCGCGGUUGCUUCUGGUUGCAUAACGAAAAAACGCCUCUGUGUGAGAUCAUUGUUUUUAUACUAGUGUAUGAAGUUGUAAAAGAAAUAAAGAAUGUUAUUUUAUCAUAUAUAUAUAUAUAUAUACUUGCAUAUAUUGUAAGAAAGGAAAGGAGAAUUAUCAUAAAGCAAGAGAUGGAUCUUGAUUUAUAAUAGACAUAUACUUCCAUUUUAUUUCUUCCCUCAGUAUUGAUUCAAUGCAAGUUCCACUUGUUUUAAACCUGUAUGAUUAUAGUUUAUAGCUCGUAGAUUAUGCAUUGAAAAUUGAGGAUUGUGAAUUAGAGA